AAAACAUCGAUGCAUCGAUGUUUCCAUCGAUGUUCUGCCACCUCUAACUGGUACUCCGCUUCGGCAAAGAAAGUUGUGAAUUUCGAGGGAAAUUUCCAGCAAUCCCACUGUUCCGCCGCCAACGUCCAGAAGACCACGAGUAAACACAAACACAGCGAUCGACAGUUCUAGCAGGAUGGCUCAGGAAGGUCAGGAUAUACCCACAUUCAAGUGCGUGCUCGUCGGCGAUGGCGGCACCGGAAAGACGACCUUCGUGAAGCGUCACAUGACCGGCGAGUUUGAGAAGAAGUACGUGGCCACACUUGGAGUGGAGGUGCACCCGCUGAUUUUCCACACCAAUCGAGGCGCCAUCCGCUUCAACGUGUGGGACACCGCCGGCCAGGAGAAGUUCGGAGGUCUGCGCGACGGCUAUUACAUCCAGGGCCAGUGCGCUGUCAUUAUGUUCGACGUGACCUCGCGUGUAACAUACAAGAACGUACCCAACUGGCAUCGCGAUCUGGUCCGCGUCUGCGAAAAUAUCCCGAUCGUCCUCUGCGGCAACAAAGUGGACAUCAAGGACCGCAAGGUGAAAGCGAAGAGCAUCGUCUUCCACCGAAAGAAGAACUUGCAGUAUUACGACAUCUCUGCCAAAUCGAACUACAACUUCGAGAAACCAUUCCUUUGGCUGGCGCGCAAGCUGGUUGGCGAUCCCAACCUGGAGUUCGUCGCCAUGCCAGCCCUGCUGCCGCCCGAGGUCAAGAUGGACAAGGAUUGGCAGGCGCAGAUCGAGCGGGACUUGCAGGAGGCUCAGGCGACCGCCCUGCCCGACGAGGACGAGGACCUAUAAGCCUAUUUAUAGUUAACUGGGAGAUAUGGCCGGCUUGCAGAACACACAACACAACACACACCCCACACACACACCACAAUCACACAGCAAGGCAUGAGUCGAGGGAACAGGAUGACAGGCGAACAGGAAGGACGAGGAACAGCGGCAGCAACUACAGCCUAGAAGCGUCAGCAAUAAUCUACUAUCCCCACUAUCGGAUUGCCAGCAUACGAUCGACCCCCUUAACACCUUACACCAGCAAGCCGUCGAGCCAGGAAGCCCAUCCAGCGCUUCAACCGUCGAUCGUAACAUAUUUUUAGAUCCACUCAUUGAUAAGUCGGUUAUAAAUGAUUUUUUUUUUUUGUUUGUUCCCUUUGGCGUUCGCUUUUGGCAGAUACAGAUACUGAAAUUGUCCUAAUGGUAGAGAAACGAAAAACAUACCCGAAAUUCAAGUAAAAUAAAAAAUCGAAUUCGUAUUUUUUUAAAACUUGCAA